AUGCCGCGUUGUUACAUGGUGAAGAAGGCCCUGUGCAACAAGUAUAUAAGCAACGUUGCCAGAGGAUUCGAGAGCUGGGGUCGUGGAAGAAGCACGCCAUCGCCGACCACCAUGCAGAUCCCUGUCUCGCCUAUCGAAGGGAGCGUCGCACCCCCUGUUGCUCAAGAAUACCUGACCGCUCAGUCCCAGGACACUACAGCGACAACGGGAACUAGAACGGCGGUGCAGGACUCCACGAAGGAGAAGUUCAACGAGCCCGACGAUGUGGACGUCAUCACGACAUCGUCGACAGCAACGAGCAACAUCUGCGACGCAGCGGAACCUCUGGCAACAGCACGAACGGAGGCGACAUCGGUGAUCGCGACGAUUACAGGCUCGUCCACCUCUGUGUUCACACCAGCGGUAACAGAGUCGAUCAGCUCGAACGUGGAGACCACCACGACGACGAUCACCACGUCCACGUUGCCCUUCACAGCUCCGAGAUCGCCGUCCAGAACAAUCCACGCUGACCAUCAGCAGCACGCGAACGUGCUGCAUAAUUCGCCGCCGAGGGUGCCGUCUCCUCCUUCGAACACCGCCGCAACGUAUCACACGGAGGAAAACACGGAUCAUACCACGUCCGAAUCGAGGAUAGGAUCGAACAGCGGCAGCAGCGUGAUCACCAGUUAUGUGUCUUCGAUGUUCAAAGAUCGGUCAGCCGCGGAGACAGAGGCUGCACACGAUUUACUCGAGCUGUCGAGGUCGUUGCCCCCGCUACCACCACCCAGCGUUGCUAUCGGACCGCAAAGCGUGAUAGAGUCGCCGGCGACGGAUAUUCAAGAGAUGACGGUGUAUCAGCCCGAUCAACCGAUCUACCAGGUGAACACGAUAGACCUGGCUGGCUCUACGGUGUACACGCAUCAUCCGCAACAGCAACCAUCCACAGCGAGCAUCAUCUACGAGCCCAGCGCGACUAUAGUCCAGCAAACUGGCAGCGUGUUCAUCCCAUUGUCGCCUGUUCAAGAGAUUCUGCUUACUUAUAGCGCGCCGUCCAUACCGUGCACGCCGAUCAUCGCCCAGCAGCAGCAACAACUGCCGCAGCAGCAACCGACGUUGCAACAGCAACAACAGCAUCAUCAGGCGAUAGAGGCGGCGCCUCCGUUAACUCCACCUACGUCAGAGUGCAGCAGCGAUAUCGAGAAUAACAAUCCUAACUCGCAGCCGAGUCAGAAGGACAAGGAGGUGCAGACUGUUACGGAACAGACAGAGGUGAAGCCGGCUAGCUACACGUACGACACUUUACUGGUGGCUGACGGUAGAUCGAAGAACAAGAAAGUCGUGCCAAGUCAGAAGACGCAGGAGGCCGAGCCGGUUGAAACGCCCGAGACGUCGAAGAUCGGACGAUAUGUUUGUUGCGAGUGCGGCAAACAGUACGCGACCUCGUCGAACCUGUCGCGGCACAAGCAGACGCACCGCAGCAUCGACUCGCAAUCCGCGAAGAAGUGCAUCCACUGCGGCAAAGCGUACGUGAGCAUGCCUGCGUUAGCCAUGCACGUGCUCACGCACAAGCUGACACACAGUUGCGGCGUCUGCGGCAAGAUGUUCUCCAGGCCUUGGCUGCUCCAAGGCCAUCUGAGAAGUCACACCGGCGAGAAGCCAUACGGUUGCGCGCAUUGCGGCAAAGCGUUCGCCGAUCGCUCCAAUCUACGCGCUCACAUGCAAACACAUUCCGCGGACAAGAACUACGAGUGUCACAAAUGUCACAAAUCCUUCGCGCUCAAGUCUUACCUGAACAAACACCUGGAGUCCGCCUGUCAAAGGGAGAACGAAGAAACAGGCAACGAGAUCGACGUUCCUCAGUAG